UUUGUUCUUUGCUUUUUUUUCUUCUUCUUUCUUGUGUAAAAGCUCCGGCUGCCAUGAAUCCAACGGCAUUCUUUCUCAAUAAACCUUUCACCGCCGUUCAUCACCUUUCAAAACUUCCGACCGGGCGUCUCCGAUCAGCAUCCGCCGCCCAACUCCUCCGGAUCAAAAGUGAGAAUAGUACAAACGAAUCCAUCACGAACGAUGCUGUCGUGGUCGACGAGACCGACAGGAACCCAGAGACGGCGUCGGGGAUACGAUUCCGGCGGGGGGUGUCGAGGAAGAAAGGGCGUGAGCAAAGGCGGCUGAAACAGGGCGGUGGCGGAGAUGAGGAACGGAAGAAGGAAAAGGUGGUUGUGAAGAAAGAAUGGGAAUCAAUGAACUUAACAGAGAAGGCAAUAGAGCUUUAUGUUGGGGAGAAAGGAUUGCUAUUUUGGUUGAAUAAAUUUGCUUAUGCUUCCAUUUUUAUUAUAAUUGGAGGUUGGAUUUUGUUCAGGUUUGUCGGUCCUUCUCUCAAUUUAUACCAACUUGAUCAACCUCCUCUUUCUCCUUCUUCUGUCUUCAAGGGUUAACUAAUUAAUUCAGCUCAUGAUCUGAAUUUCUAGUUUUCAUUUUUGGGAUUUGAGGGAUUUUCUCUGCAAGUGUAAGUAACAACAGAUGAUUAUGAUGAAUGAUUAUGAUUACCA